UUGUCACUAACGCUGGCGUCACCUUCGCCUUCGGGCCGUCCCAUCACAUCACGAGGGAUGAUUUUACCAUGGAAUGGACAUUUGAAUCUGAAACAAAUCCCUUUUCUGAGAUGAAGGACUGCCCUAGCAAAACACAUCACAAGGAUGGCAUAAAAUUUUUUGAAAACAAGUCAAUUGCUUGAACAAGGUUCUCAUGAUGACCACUAUGUUUGGUUAGGACUUCAAGCCAUUUCUGUGUGAGAGAAUCACUCAUUUGGGUCAAGACAUCAUUUAGCUUUUGCUCAGCAAGGUUUGCUCUUCUGGUUUCAACAUCUUGAGCUCUCAGCCUUUCCACUUCUUGAGAUUUCCAAAGGUAAAAUGGAUGGAAAUUGUCUCCCGGACGAAGGAACAGAGGAGUUGGAAGAGGAUAUUAUCCAACUUUUGAACGCAAAAACGCAAAAGAACCGUCAGAUUUUAUCAAUAACCAGCGCAGCUGCAGACGCAGUCACCUCUCUUGCACAGACACGCACAAAACAAGCAUCUUUUGAGCCUUAUUUAAAUCAAAACUAUGCAGAAAACAAAGAGAACCAAGAUUCUUUUGUGUCAUCUGCCUCAAUGGAUAGGUCGUUUAGCGGCCAGCAUCGAGUGCGCAUUCCUUCUCGGCUUUUGCGAGAGAUAAAGUCACCAAUGGACCGAAUUAGCAGUGGAAAUGUGUCUAGUAGUGACUCCAAGGGUACUAUGAGUGAAAGCUUUUUUGGAAGCCAAUUGAGUAGUGAGCAUUCAUCAAUCCAGGCAAUAGGACCAGUUCCAACUGUGAUUAAAUAUUCUUCCCAGCCAUCACAAAAGUCCGAUCCUUUUGUUGUGGAUGGCAACAAGAGCAGACUAAAUGAUACACCUGUUGUCAUAAAAUACCUACAAGAAUAUACAUCACCUUCCUCUAAAGAGUCAUCUGUGAACAACAGUAAAUCAGAACAAACCCAAGCAGAAAGAAAUUUGAAAGAUUCCAAAACAGAAGAUAGCAACAAGACCAUUGGUGUUCCAGCAACUACAUCUCAAAAAUCUCCUGAAAAAUCAGUUGAAAUACACUCUAAAAUUAAACCUGAAAUAGCUGUGUCUGGAGGCAAAAACACUAGCACAGGGCAAUCAAAAGGGUCACUUGUCUCAAAACAAACAGAAAGGGAAGUUGUGGGUCAGCUAGCAACAGAACCUGUUAAGAUAAAGAGAGCUGGACUCUGCCAAGGCGCACCAUCAAAUAAUAUUUCAUAUGUCGCUGAAUCUCAAAAAGGCGAGGUGAAGGCUGUUUCUUUCAGCGCAUCUGACAAAGGAAAGGCUAUGAAAGACAUGCUUGGGAAAAGACAAGAACAUUGCCCUGCCGUACGGAGAGUUGUCCAACCAAAAAUCAUCCAAGAAAAGGCAGUGGGUGAAAACCAAGGAGUAGUACGCUCGGAAGAAAAAAAAAAUCGAGAUUUGGGUGUUGCAGCACAAGAUAAAACUUCAAGUAACAACACCGCUGUUCAGUUUUCGAGUGGUUUCGAAGACCAGAUGAAGAAUCUGAUGAAUACACUGGGUGCGAUUGAAAACCAGUGCCACGAGAAUCGAGCUUGGCAAGAAAAACAGCAACAAGAAUUGGAACAAGGAAUAAAACAACGGGACGAACGAAGAUUACAACAUCUCGAGGAGAUGCAAAAACAGCUAGUGGAAUAUCAGUUAAGGUAUGAAAAACCUGCCAACAUCCCUCCUCACCACACAUAUACAUCGACUGCUGGCGCUACCACACAAGGCAUGUCCACAACGCAAGUGUACCCAGUUAUACCCCCACAACAAACUUUGCCACAGUCUAAUCUCCAAACAUCGUCUGUCGAAGUUCCAAGACAGCACGUUUCCCAUAGCGUGGCGACCUCAAACCCUCACUACACUGCUGCAGUCGAGCACAAAACUCAACCGAGUUAUAAAACCACCGUCUACGGUAAACUACGUGACGAAAAUUCAAAAUCGUCAGGCGUGAAGAGAAAACUCGUUCGAAAUUCUCGUACUCAGACCUCCCCCCAGGUUUCAAGCUCAGUCUCGUCGUCGGACACUUCAUCCCCACUCGACACGCCUCUUCCUCGUAAACGUCACCCGGUACCGAUGACCCGGGAUUGGAAGGCCGACCGGGGAAAGAAACACGUGCAUUUUGACACUCCCGGGGAUAUAAAAGCUGAAGAUUCUUUAAAGAAAAGAGCUUACGCUUAUCCCGCCGUCCGCAGCCACGAAAAUGAAGAUCAGAAAACCAACGGGUUACGAAACUUACCAAAGGCCUAUCAUGAAAGACAGAGGCCGUUGCCAGUAACUAGAUCACCAGAGAGCGAUCACAUUGUGAAUGACAUCAGCCGAUUACGUCAAGAACUCAGAGAUGCUCUCAACGAGACUGAACAGACAAAACAGAGUUUGAAAAAUUUAGACGACCGAAUUCAUUCACAGAUAUCUUCUGAUGAAAGUGUUAGCGUUACCCUACCAGAUCACACUAGACCUUACCCACUUGAUGCAUAUUUGCGUGCGACUCGAGAUGUCCCUGAAGAACUUUCAACUCCAAAAGUGGAAGGAGAUGUUCAAACUAAACCAAAGCGAGAAACAGCCGUGCAAGAGCAAGGCCUUUGUGCGCAUGCUCAUUCCGUCCUACGAGAUGUUCAAAAGCAGAGGGAGAAUUUGGAGUGGAACCUGAUGGCGUUGUCAAGGCGACAUGACGAACAGUAUCUUUACAAUUUGGUGGAAGACGAUGGAACAAACGGCGAUGCUUUGAGAAUUCGCAACGAUGUAGCAAAGAGAAUCGAAGAAAUUGAUGCAGCAGUCCAGGCUGAACUAUUGCUGGAAGAACAACAGCGUGCUUUGGAAAACCAGGUUUCACAAGACAAAUCAAAGAUUCCCAAGCAAGGCCCACGGUCAACCCGCGGCGUUCCUGUGAGCACAGAGAAACGAGCCAAGUUACGAAAUGUUGGCAAAGAAAAUGCACCAAGUCGGGGUAGAACCGCUGCAAAACCAAAGAUCUCCAAACCUACCGCUAAACAACCGGCAGUAAAGCGUCCUUUCGAAGAUGUCACGUAUGCGUCACGUGUUCACGGUCGUCCUGAUCACGUGACAGGUAGAACAACGACUCAAACAGAUCGGGCUCGCUACAAGUCCAGCGAAGCGGUGAAACUGAGACGGAGCGCUGCACCUAUGAAGCACAAGAUCCGCAGUCCGCCAAGAUUAGACGAAUCAAGCUCAUCCACCUUGUCCGAAGAUUAUCGCCCUCCGACCAGCCGCGCGGCAAAACCUAGGUACUACUUUCAACCGAAUGCAGGUGCUGACCAGUCGGUGAUCGAGGCUCACUUCAGGGAGAACCAAGGACCCUUACCUGGACAACUUCUUCCCAUAGCUAUCCCACUUGGUAAACCAAGAAUGGAUCCAGCUCUACGGCUGCCCCUGUGCACCAACGAAGAGGUGUCGAGGUUACCACAGACUGUGACAGUCAGCACCAAUGUGAAACGACCUAACGUCGCAGUCAUAACGUUGAAAGACGACGAGUUUCUUCAGACUCCGGAUUCCGGUGUCAAAAGACAGAAAGAAUCCAUUCCAAAGAAACGAGAGCGACUUACUUUGGAGAAACAGAUAUUACCAAAUGUUGACAUAGAUACAUCAGGCGUAUCUGAAAUUAGCAGCAAUGCAAGUUCCAAGGAAGUUAGCCAGCCAACAAUACUGCCAAUUCCACAUCCACUGCCAAGACCAGACGCAUCUGAAUACGAAGAGUUUAAAGAUUAUGAACAUGUUGGUACUAUUGAUGAUGAUCAAGGAAGCGAGAAGUCGAGUGUUCCUGGUGGAGGAAGCCUUAUAUCGCUGCACGGUAAAAAUCGAACGGACAAACCGAAGUAUCAGGGACCAGCAUUUCCCCCGCGAAAUGUCCCAGUUGAUGUCCUUGACCAUGAUGGAUUUCAGGGGACCUCAGAUGAUUUGAGGGCACCAAGUGAAACGGUGGAAAAUAAAGCCAGAGAACUGAUUGAACAGGAAUUGCUGGCUCGAGUUGUGAGUGACAUGACUCCUCCACUAUCUGACCCUACAGCACGCAUGCGUAGGAGCGAAUCAUCUCAAUCUCUUGCUGACAGUAGCGACACUGAACCAGCAGCCGCCAUAGGACUUCGUGGCUUACAGUUAUUCGUCGACGCUGGCAUUCCAGUGGACACAGAACUGGUACGAAAUCUCAUCAUGGAAGUUUUACAAGAGAAAGUUGCCAGUAUGCUUGGAUACCCCAAACCCCAAGAGCAUGUUCCAGCAGCCGACACACAAGAGCCCGACGAUGACUAUACUGAACCAGAGUCGGGCUCUGAAGAUUAUUCUAGGGUUCAGACCCCUGUGCGUACACCGAGUGUGGCCAGCCAACCAGAAUCGCAUCCCGUCACGCAUGUCUCCACACCGGAGCAAACUCAAAGUCCAGAAUCUAUGUCGUCUUCGACGCCUGAUGAAGCCAUUGGCAAGAACGACGUAACGUCCGGUCACAUGGUCAUGAAUAAGCUCAGUGACGAGAUCGAAGAAGGACUACUUGAGGAUUCUGUUCACAAAAGUCCCAUAGCAACCCCAGUUGUUACGCCAAGUCCACCUCAGUCUGUUGCGUCUCUGGUUACCCCUGACGAAUCCGAACGAGAGAAGGCCGUAAGCGAGGAGAAAUCGCCUGUGGAAACACCGGAGAUUACAGUAUCCAUACGAGAUAAAACCUCGGAGGAAAGCCCUAAAGAACUCGAUGAAGAAGAUCUAAAAGAACAAACGUUGAUGGAAGACGACGAGGAAGAUCAAAAGACUGAUGCCGACAUUCCCGCCAUAAAGUUCGAGCUGGAGCCUGAACCGAGUGAAACCAAAAUAACUAACAGUCCAUCAAGCGCCACGACGACUACUUACUCCACGCAAAGCACCAUGGGAACGGUCGCAACUGAUGAUGAAAUAUCUGAAGGAGAACAAUUACAGCCAUACGUACACGUCGGUCAGUACAGCGAAGGAGAGUUUGUUGCGCCUUCAGGCACUGCAGGAAAUAUGACAACUUUACAUGAAAUACCAGAUGACGUCUUCGACACUUUCAAUGCUUCAAAUAAAAGGAAAGAUCCCGUGAAGCAAGCAGUGCAUGACUUGUUGAAAUUGGACGAUGUUUCGGAUGAAAGCACCAGCCGUGGGUCCGAAUAUUCCCACUCCAUUAGCGAAGGACAGCAUAGAAUGGGCUUCUUUGCUGAGAAUAUUGUGCAAAAUGAGCAAAGUGAAGGAGAAGUUGUAGGUGAUGUUGUAUCGACCCUGCUGAACAGAAUAAGGCAGUCAGUACAGCGAACGAGACCACGUGUUGUUGGUGAUACCGCAAGUGUUGGUGAACUUGAAGAGGCAUCUCCACCACACUCAUUUUCGCAAAGAUUUCCAAGACAAGUUCGAGGUGAAGAUGAGAUGUCCCCGGGGGAGUUCAACUCCUCCGAUCAGGGUGUGGCAACGAAUAUUGAACCAAUUCCGAUGCGGGCGUUGGACCGUCCUUCAGUCUUGGACUCUGACGAGAAUAACAACGCCAGCGAACAAAGCAGCUCUAUUAGCGAGAUUCAAAAUCAGACAUGGGAUACAAACAUUAUCAUGGUAACUCCAAAAAAGGCGACGGUUCCCCACUCGCCACCGGCUGAUCGCGAAGUGCCCACGACCGCGUUCCCGCGUGUUGUCCACGUGGAAGAAGCACGUCACGUGAGUACGCCAACAGGAUUCUUUUCGAGCCCUGAACCAGGGUCCGAAUCCAAGGAUCAAAUAACUAUGGAAACGUUAUCUGAGAUCGACAUAGGAUCACGGACUGAUCCCGUGAUCGAUCACGUGGCUGAUGUUUCUAAUGACGUAACUCCUAAACAAAUGCUAGAUGAGCGAGCCCGCAUUCAGCUAACGCUACCCUCUGUCGAACCGAGCGCGAGUGUUAGUCUGAUCAGCGAAGGCAUUCUGAGAAGUGAUGAUUCUGCCGAAGACAUUUCGUCCAUCUCCGGCGGUGAGAUUUAAUCCACUCAGGAUUUGAUACGCGUGAGAUUGCAUGCUCUUUUUGGGAUUGUAUGUAAACACAACCGUCCAUGGCAACUAAAUGAGGUUGUUGUGAAAAUACUGGUUGCGAGGUCGUCUUCCAUGCGCGUUUUCAAAGAUAGAAUGAAGAUUUAAAAUAGUCUUAGGACCAUUCGUAUUUCAGGACACAGUUACCUGACAACAGGCACUUGGUAGAGCAUAACCGAUUGUUAUUCAAUCAUGCAGUUCUGAGUUCCUUAACAUACGUUCAUAUUCGAAGUUACUAACAUGUUUGCGGACAUUGGGACAUGUGCGGAGUCGUCCCACUAUUCUAUACAUUCUCUACAUUACCACGUCUUAACAUUGUCAAAAUAUGCAUCGCAUUAAACUCUGCAGCAAAUCGCGUUUAACUAAUGUCUAAUGCCUGUGACAAGCUUUCGUGUUUGCUCUUCGCUUCCGUCUGCCGUCGGUGUGGCGAUUUGUCAUUUGUGAACAAACUGAUUCACUUAAUCUCAAAAAAGAAAAGCCGAUGUUUUUCAGGCAAAAUAUGUUUUGUUCUUGCAAGUGGCUGUCAACUGGUAAAAAACCCAGCUGUUCGAUAAGCAAUGAGAUAUGUUUUCGCACUUUAGGUGCUUGAAGUUCUACUGCAAAAAUCCAGGGCAUAUUGACGUCAUUUGACGUCACUUGACGACGCUUUUCAUCACCCCUGGUACAAUGACGUGUAUGUUGUGAUAACUCAGCAACUAAACUGAGCUAAACCUAUGAAAAAUACAAUCCAGCAGUAUUCAGAAGUAUAAUAAACGGUCAUAAAAGAGUCAUUCGUUGUAUGCACCGAUUCCAGUGCUUCUUUUUAAUUCGGCAUACUCACAACAAUUUCAGCCAGCUUAUGAAACCUCGCUCUUACACGUGAACAACCAACUUCCGGUAUUUUGCAAGGAGAUAAUAGCUCACUCAUUCUGGGAAAACUACAUGCAUGACAGUAUUUUUACCUGCAACUAUGCCACUAUUGUUUAACAAACCUCAACAGUCAGGUUACAGAAUACAAAGACGCAUCGUGUAUUUUUCAUAUCACGCGUUCCCAGGUAAAAAUCAUACCUUAACUAACUAUAAUUGUCGUUUCAUUAAUUUGCGCAAUGCCACACGUUGAGACAGAGAUAGACAGAGACUUUACCAGGAUUUCCCAGUUGCUUGAUUUUCUUUUUAUAAUAUCGAAAUAUGACUUUUCUAUUCAUCAAAUAUGUUAGAUUAAUAUUAUAGUAUGUAUGUGACAUUUAUGCAUGCAAAAGAAAUCAGAUAAUACUGGGCUACGUAUAGUGUGUGCACAGUCUACCUACGACCUCGUCUACGACUAUGUUCUUGUGCAGUCCAUUUAAGCGGAUGUUGUUUUGCCUUGUCAUGCAAAGGUCAUACCCUAACCGCAAAACAUUUACCAUCAAGUGACGUCAAAGCGGUGCUUUAUUAACACAGUGGUGAGUGGGCGUCAGCUUGUCUUUGGGUCUUCUGCAAAUAUGCAUGCUUGCUUGCUUGCUCUCAUAGUUAACAAUUAGCAUUAUUUCCGCUAUCCUAAUACUUAUGUUUGAUUCCAACCAGUCCUUAGACUUUGUUGACUCGUUGUUAAUACUUUAUUUACAUCUUCUCAGGUUAGCUUUUCACCACAGUAUAUGGUAUCAAAAGUAUGCUCUAUAAUCUUCAUUUUGCAAUAUGCUUUUAGUGUUAUUUUCAUCAAAUAUACCAUAAGCUGUGCCAUUUUACAAAAGGUUUACAUAUUUUAAUGAUGGGAAUAUCUCGUGAGGAUGCUUGAGCGAAGGAUAUUAUGAAAUCACUCACUGUAGUUCGAUUGAAUAUAAUGCACUUACAAUGUUGUUCAAGAAUUUGCCUAUGCAACUUUAUCAUGUGUUCGUAUCACUAUAUCAUAACAUGACCUUAAAUUUCCCGUGCAAUGUUGCAUAUGCAAAUAAGUCAUAUUUCGCCUUUUUCCGAUGCGUGUGACUUUAAUCACGUAACACGAAACGACAAACACUAAAAUUACAACAACUGGGUUGCACCUUAAACUUAAAGUUUGUUUGCUUCAUGUAUUUGACAGGAAUUUGAGUUUUGAUCGGAAAACAGGAAAAUGUUCUAGUUCAUCCAUGCACUUCUAUUGUUGACAUAGCAUUUAUACUCGCUCGUUAAUCAUAUUUCAAACCGGAGCUUCGGAUUUUAUUUUUUUUAAAUCAUGAAAAUUACGUGCACGUACAGAAUUCGUGCAGUGAAACAGCUGUAGUAAUAACAUUAAAGCGCGUCUUUAGAUUAAAAUGCAAGCUUACAAGCACAGACCGCACCUUGAGGAAGCUUUGAGAGCAGGUGCAGCGGUGGAAAAUAUAGGCGUGUUUAUUAGCACGUUUAUUUCAUGGGCUUUGUCGAUGAAAUGUGAUAUGUCACAAACUCUUGGCAAACAUUCGAUGAGAAUAUCCUGCGAUCAAAGUUCAAUGUUUUUAUUCCGUGGCCAAAAUGAUCAUUUCCCAUUUGAUCUAGGCCAAAGAGUGAAAUCUUAGACAAUCCAUGCAGAAUACGUCUUGCCUUCUAGGGCCAGUUGUAUAAAAGUCUUUAACUACAUUUUGCAUAGUUAAAUCCUAGUUAACUCAGAAAUACAC